AUGGCCACCGCUUCCCUGCCCUCGAUGGGUGGCCUGCUCACCUCUCCCAUCGUCCUGGGCGCCUCUCUCCUCGCCGUCGUCGUGCUCUACAUCGCCUUCACCGGCACCGCGACCAAGCAGCAGGACGGCCAGGAGACGGCCUCCUUCAACGCCUACUGCCGCUUCGUCUACGCCAACUUCAUCAAGCCCUUCCACACGCCCUCGUCCGCCGGCUCCUCCUCGGGCCAGCAGCAGGCGCUCGAGAACUUCUACCAGACUCAGGUACUUCCUUAUCAGCGGCGGCCAGACCACGGCACCCGGGAUGGCGACAGUGAUGCUGGAUAUAAGAAGGUGUUGUUGACGCUGUGUGAACAGGCUUCCGUGUACGAUGCGACCAGACGCCGCCUGCUCAGGGGCCGAGAGGACAUGCUCGGCCUCCUGGCGGCCCAGCUCAGGUUGAAGAUGGCCUCCAAGGACCACAAGCCCGUCUGGGUUGAUAUUGGUGGUGGCACUGGGUACAACAUCGAGGCCAUGGCCGCGUUCCUGAACGUCGAAAAGUACUUCGACCACGUCUAUCUCGUCGACCUCUCGCCCUCGCUGUGUGAGGUCGCCAGGCAGCGGUUUGCUCGUCUGGGAUGGAAGAACGUCUCCGUCUUCUGCCAGGAUGCGCGCGAGUUCCGCGUGCCGGGGCAGGACGCAAAGGCCGAUCUGAUCACCAUGAGCUACUCCCUGUCCAUGAUCCCAGAUUACUACUCCGUGGUUGACUCGCUCUCCUCGCUGUUGAGCUUCGACGGCACCAUCGGAGUGUGUGACUUCUACGUCCAGAACAUCGUCGACCUAGCCACCAGGAACUACACCGGAGGCAUCUCCAACCGCCACGUCAACUGGCUCGGCCGUGUCUUCUGGCGUGCCUGGUUCGAUGUCGAUCGUGUCAACCUGGAGGCCGCCCGCAGAGAUUACCUCGAGUACCGCUUCGGAACCGUCAUCUCCGCCAGUGAACGCAACUACUUGCUCGGUGGCAUCCCAUACUACAUCUUCAUCGGUUGCCAGAAGGACCUUACCCUGAACGACAACGACGCCAUCGCCCGUCUGGACGCCACUCUCACCGAAUCCCCGUACCUCUCGCCAACCCACCACCGAUCCGAGAUCUCCAAGGCCGUACAGCGUACCAUCCCCGAAGUCCGCUCCAAGGCAUACGAAUCAGCCAUCGUCAACCUCUCAUCCAACCUGCCCUUGCCAUCAUUCUUCUACCAACACCACCACUGGCGUAUCUGCUACAACGAAUUCCUCACCAAACACACCCAGUUCAACAAGGAGUACAUCUACGCUUUCACCUGGGAAGAUCCCCGUGUCGACCACCGUCUCCUAAACAUCACCUCCGACGACGUCAUUCUCGCCAUCACCAGCGCAGGAGACAACAUAUUAGACUACCUGACGGGUCCCCAGACCCCACGCCGCAUCCACGCCGUAGACCUCAACCCAAACCAGAACCAUCUCCUCGAACUGAAAGUCGCCUCCUUUACCGCCCUCUCGCACCGUGAUUUCUGGAAAAUCUUCGGCGAGGGAAAACACGCUGGAUUCCGUGACUUGCUCAUCUCCCACCUCUCACCACAUCUCUCUUCUCAGGCCUUCCAGUUCUGGCUCGACCAUGCCUCCGUCUUCACUUCUUCGAGACACGGCCUGUACGAGACUGGUGGAUCCCGCCACGCUCUCAAGCUGGUCCGCUACCUCUUCUCUCUCUUCGGUCUGACCGCCGACGUCAAGAAGAUGUGCAAUUCCCAGACCCUGGAGGAACAACGGGCCAUCUGGCCUCGUAUCCGUCGCGUCUUGCUUUCGAAGCCGCUUAACUGGGCCAUCGUCGGCACCGAGUGGUUCGCAUGGAAGGCAGCCGGUGUUCCCGCCAACCAGAGAAACAUGAUAUUAACGGACUACAUGGACCGUGAGAAGCUCGAUGGUGGAUUGAAGGGAGCCAAGGAGAAGGGUGUCGGUGGACAGGCUGUUUGGGAGUAUGUCGUCAACACUCUCGACCCAGUCGUCAAGGAGACCCUGUUGGGAGAUGACAACUACUUCUACCUCCUCUGCUUGUCUGGCCAGUUCUCCAAGAGAUGCCACCCAACAUACCUUACCCAAAAGGCACACACCAAGCUCUCGACGCCAGGAGCUUUCGACGGUCUACGCAUCCACACCGACGAGAUCCAAGAAGUCAUCUCCCGUAUCACCCCAGGCACACUAACCAUCGCAGUCGUAAUGGACUCCAUGGACUGGUUUGAUCCCUCAUCCCAAGCCGCAGCCACUCAAGCAACGGCAUUCAACCAUGCUCUCAAGAAGGGCGGCCGAAUUCUCCUCCGCUCAGCCAGCAUUGAGCCGUGGUACAUCGCCGUUUUCGAACAGUGCGGUUUCUCCACCAGGAGAGUCGGGGCUAGAUUCCCAGGCGCUUGCAUUGACCGCGUAAACAUGUACGCCUCAACAUGGAUAUGUACAAAGACACAAGAACUUUCUCGGGACGCUAAGUCGCCCGUUCCGCUAAGUAUAGGUGAUGGCGUGAGUACAGCCAAGCUAGAGAGAAGCGUUAGCUCGACCAGCUCGAGCAGCGUAUGUGAGGAUUUGGAGAUUUAA